AUGCCGGGUGCGGCGGCAACUUCAAGGGUGCAUCCACCGCCAGACGAUGGAGCAUUCGCGUACGCGAAAGGAAGUCCGCAGCGCGACAUCUCCGAGGCAAGUUCCGCUGUGGCGAGUGCCCGCCCGUCGCCGCUUCAGAGUCGCCGGGGCACACUGGACAGUGUGGAGCUGGUGGAGCGGUAUCACUUUGCGAAGAAUCCGAACCGGAGCGGUUCACGCUCGCCGUCACUGUACGAGCCGCGGCGGCGCCUGUCCAGCUUCGGCGCCCAGAAGCGCAUCUUUCUCGAUCUGAUACGCAAACAUGGCAGCAAGCUGUCGCUGAACCGCAAAUUUUCGGAGGUAUCAACCAAGACGGAUGAGCUGACGCGCGAAAGUCGGAAGCUGCAGCGGGAUCGAAUUUUAGCAAGGAAUCAUCUUGGCACGGCACUGUCCGCACUGUACGCGAAGCUGCUAAUCAUUAUGGGUGUGACGCUACCAGUGACGGAGCUAGUGGCCGGCGGUGCACCGCAAAACUUCCAUCAACCGUUCUAUCUCUACCUGUACGGUGUAUCGAUCCUGUUCUGCACCUUCCUGUACGUUGCCCGCUGGCGACGGCAAACACAGCUCAAGUACCUUACCCAGUGUCCAGAGGAGGAACGGAAGUCGUCUGUUGUACGGAUACCGUCCACCACAGCGGCCCACAGUGGAUCGUUCUAUCUGCGCAUCGGUGCGAUUGCGUUCGGUAUCGGGAGCCUCGUGUACUCUGCCCUAGAUUUUGGCCAAUACUUCGAGCUGGACGGCUCGGACGACUCUGGAUGUCGCAAUCUGUUGGUCGCCCUACUGCCUGCCGCCCGGAUGCUGCUGUGCGUGGUCCAGAUGCAGUUCAUCAUCGCGAGCGGGAAGGACUUCGGGCUGGAUCGGCACGCGUUCGUAUCCCGCUUCGGUCUGAUGCACAUGCUGGCGACGAACGUGUGCGAGUGGUUGUACGUGCUGGUCGAGGAGGCGAAGCAUGAAAUCGUGCAUCUCGACCACAGCCUGCAGCAGCAGACCAACCUGACGGCCAGCGCUACUACGGGAUCAAAGCAACACCUGCCGGACGCACACUGCCGCACCACCACUAUCAUGAGCACACUCGUCCACAAUGCCGCACCAUUCCUUUUCCCCUGCACCAUCGAGUACUCGCUCAUCUGUGCCCUGACGCUGUACGAGCUGUGGUGCGCGUUGAACCGCACCACCGACCCAACCCGCAAGCUGGCCCCAUCCGACCGUACCGUCACUGGCCGCCCGGCCAACCGGCUAUCAAUCGACUGUUCCAGCGCCCAGCGCGGCAUGUUCGGUGGGAUCGUAACGCUCGUCCUGACGCUGAUCGUGCUCAUCAUGUACUUCGUGCUGCGCAAGGAGCGCCAUCUGCAGCACGCCGCCACACUCGAGAUAGUGGUGUACGAGAUUGCGCUCUACUCGGUAACGCUCGUUGCGGUCGUAAUGGCGAUGCAGCGCAUGCGUGAUCUGCGCGUCGUCACGCAACGCACCAAAGGGUCGGCCCAGUCGCCGGCCGCCCUACCGAUCGACUGCCACCUGCUGCUGGUGACGCAGACCGGCAUCUACAUCUACGGCAUCUUCUCGAUCAUCGGUACGUACCAUACGCAUGGGCAGCUGCUGCACUGGGCCAUCCUUUCGGAGGUGCUCGCGCUGGCCCAAACCUCGCUCCAGACACUGUUCGUGCUCAGCACUUGGUGGCGGCGGUGCAAGGGCGCACGCCAGAAUCGCACCAAACCGGGCCGGGAGAUCGUGACGUUUCUGCUGGUGGCGAACCUGGCCGCCUGGAUGGUGAACUCGCUCGUCAAGAGCAAUGCGGGCUUUCGGCCGCUGGUGAUGGGAUUUUACGGCGCUGCGGCGUGGGCCAUCAUCGCACACAUCUCGAUGCCGCUCGCCAUCUUCUAUCGGUUCCAUUCGACGAUCUGUCUGUUUGAGAUCUGGAAGAAUAGCUACAAGGCGCGGUACAACGAGACCUGGUAGUAAAUAGCAUCCG